AUGAAUCCACUUUGGGUUCUGAAGACCAGAGCUAUUCUUGACUCUUCAAGAAAAUCUUAUUUCAGUAAGCUAAAUCGGUUGACGCUAGGAUUAUUUGGUGAAAUUGGCGGGUUUAAGAUGCCUUCGGGAUAUUACGCUGGCCUUGGGCCGGGUCUUUUUUCAUGCCUCCAUGGUGGAGUGUACUUUUUGGCAUACGAAAAGCUAAAGGGCUUAAGACCCUUUGCCUUAAAAGCGCAGCUAGAUGACAUCGAGAUUGCAUCCUAUUCGUUUUUGUCCAAAAUUUCGGCCACGGUUUCCACAUAUCCUCUUCAACUGCUGCGAUCUCGAUUGCAAGAUGCAAGGGGCGACACGACGGGAAAACUAUAUAACAACGGGAUGCUUGAAGCAAUUUCUCGCAUCUACUCUAGAGAGGGUGUUCGGGGCUUUUAUAAGGGGAUUUUGACGUCUUUUCUUAAAAUCGUACCAAGCAGCAUGAUUACCCUUGUCGUUUAUGAAAAAGUACAAAAGUCACUUUCUUGUUAA